GAAUCUUUCCUCACUGCUCACUCCUUUCCUUUCUUCCAUAUUUCCCAACAAACCGAAGCAAAUUAAAUCAGAAGAAAACACUUUCAAGCCUCAACUCAACAAAAGGAGGAUCAAGAAAUCAUGUUGGAGAAGGUGGAAAAAGGAUUUGAUCCUGAAGAAGUGAUUCAAGAAUUCGAAAGUUUGACCAAAGAUGCGAAAAGGGUUCAAACCGAAACUCUAAAGAAAAUUUUGCAAGAAAAUUGUGAAACAGAAUAUUUAAAAAGAUGGGGACUUGAUGGUAAAACUGACCCUGAAAGUUACAGUUGUUGUGUACCUCUGGUUACACAUAAAGAUCUUGAGCCUUUAAUUCAACAAAUUGUUGAUGGUGCACCUGAGCCUAUUCUCACUACCAAGCCAAUUACUACUAUGACUUUAAGUUCUGGGACUACUCAAGGGAGGAGAAAGUUUGUGCCUUACAAUGAUGAGUUGACUGAAACAACAAUGCAGAUUUAUCGAACUUCUUUCGCCUUUAGAAACAGGGAAUUUCCAAUUGGAAAUGGGAAAGCUUUGAGCUUUAUUUAUGGCAGUAAACAGUUUAAAACAAAAGGCGGUUUAUUAGCAGGCACUGCAACCACUAAUGUAUACCGCAGUGAACAGUUCAAGAAAACAAUGCAGCAGAUGCAAACCCCAUGUUGUAGCCCGGACGAAGUCAUUUUUGGGACUGAUUUUCAACAGUCUUUAUACUGUCACCUUCUUUGUGGGCUCAUUUUUCGUGAUGAAAUUCAGGUUGUAUCUUCUACUUUUGCCCAUAGCAUCGUGCAUUCCUUCAGGAAUUUUGAGUUAAUAUGGGAAGAAUUGUGUUCUGACAUAAAAACCGGAACUUUAUCAACCCGAAUCACAGUUCCAACAAUCAAAACUGCCAUGGCCAAGAUUUUGAAACCGAACCCUGAGUUAGCAUAUACAAUUCACGAAAAAUGUUUGGGUUUGAGCAACUGGUAUGGAUUAAUUGAGGAGUUGUUCCCUAAUGUGAAAUACAUUUAUGGGAUCAUGACUGGAUCCAUGGAGCCUUAUUUGAAAAAACUAAGGCAUUAUGCUGGUGGAAUACCAUUAUUGAGUGCAGAUUAUGGGUCUUCGGAAGGGUGGAUCGGAGCAAAUGUGAACCCGACCCAUCCACCUGAGAUGGCUACUUUUGCUGUUCUUCCUAACAUCGGGUAUUUUGAGUUCAUACCAUUGAGAGAGGCUCGUGUGGCUAUCCAAGACCCCAAUGAACCCGAGUCUGCAUUGGUCCUUGUCGAGCCAAGACCAGUUGGUUUGACCGAUGUCGAGGUCGGGGAAGAGUAUGAGGUCGUUGUCACCAACUUUGCAGGCUUGUAUCGAUAUAGGCUAGGGGAUGUUGUUAAGGUUGCUGGGUUCCACAACUCCACCCCAGAACUCCAAUUUGUUUGUAGAAGAAACCUAAUGCCAACAAUAAACAUAGACAAGAACACUGAGAAAGAUUUACAAUUAUCUGUUGAAGCGGCAGCCAAGUUGUUGGCAGCUGAAAAACUAGAGGUGGUUGACUUUACGAGUCAAGUUGACAUAUCGUCUGAUCCGGGACAUUAUGUGAUUUUUUGGGAAGUAAGUGGUGAAGCAAGCGAGGAGACACUUCAAGAAUGUUGCAAUUGUUUGGACUCGGCAUUUGUUGAUGCUGGUUAUGUGAGCUCGAGGAAGGUCCAUGCUAUUGGACCCCUGGAGCUCAAGGUCUUGAAAAAAGGGGCGUUUCAAAAGAUUUUGGAUCACUAUGUUGGGUUGGGAUGCACCUUGAACCAGUUCAAGACACCACGAUGUGUUGGCCCUGUUAAUCACAAAGUGUUGCAAAUACUUUGCACCAGUGUUGUGAAAAGUUAUGUGAGUACAUCUUUUGGUUAGGGUUCUUGGGGAGGUGUCACGGUAUCUUUGUUAGUAUUGUAGUUUCAAAAAAUAUGUUUAUAGGCUUGCAAUAAUGAGUUUUCAAUGUUGUAUAGACACUACUAUAGAGGUUUGUUAGCGUUUUCUUUUGGUUUUCGUGGAGUUCUAUCACAAAAGUCAUGGAACGUCCGAUGUAAAAUAUUAAAGUUUGUAUCUUGAUAAUAUAUUUGUAAUGCAGGUAUAUAUUCGAGGGAUAUAUACUGUACUACUUGUUUCCAAUAGAGAUAA